GUUUGUUUGUUGUGCUGUUUAUCAGUUCUCCAGUCUCCUGCUCCUCCCAAGGUAGGUUUCUGCCCUGCACUUCCUUUCUCCCCCAAACGAAAGCCUCUCCGCCAGUCGGCAUCCGCCCCUUUCUCUUGGAGACUCUCAGUUGAGAGUUUGAGACUGCGACGUUGCGUAAGUCUCCGAAGAAUCCUAAAUUUUUGCUUUUGCUAACCAUUCGGUCGGCGGCAUUCGAUUCUCAUAUUGUAACUUUGAUUGCUAUGAUUAGAUGAUCAUCAUUCUUUCUGCUAAUACUAAUAAGAAUUAGGUAUAGGAUAAUCGGAGGAGGGACUGGUCACUGGGGGGCUUACAGGGCUCCUGCGACUCUUCCUCCCUCUUCCUCCCUCUUCCUCCCUCUCUCCCACCCAAGCUUCUUAUUUUUGAGGAAUUUCACUCUCCUCCUGAGAAUCCUGAAAAUCCUGACAAUCAUGUACGGUAGAGCGGGCCUUGAUCGAUUUAAGAAAGCUCAGUCCUUGGAACCCUUCUCUGUCAAUUCCAAUCCCAAUCCCAAUUCCCCUUCCAAAUCCACUCCCAAGCCCUUUCCUUCACACUCCCAUCAACCCCCCCUCCCUCCCCAUUUCCCUCUUCCUCUUGCACCGCCCGAUACCGCCCCUCUUGUUGAGUUGGGUCAGACCCACCAGAACCAUCUCACUCAGCUUGGUUCGGGUCAGUCCACGUGGAGGCCCCCUGACUGGGCAAUCGACCCUCGUCCCGGUGUCUAUUCUCUCGAGGUUCUCAAGGAUAGUCAGGUUCUUGAUCGCAUUGCCCUUGAUAGGCGUCGCAACAUCUUUGGCCGCCAAUCUCAAACUUGUGACUUUGUGCUUGAUCAUCAGUCCGUUUCCCGCCAGCAUGCUGUGGUUGUUCCUCACAAGAAUGGAAGCAUAUAUGUAAUUGAUUUGGGAUCUGCACAUGGUACUUUUGUUGCAAAUGAAAGAGUGACUAAAGAUACCCCUGUUGAGCUUGAAGUGGGCCAGUCUUUGAGAUUUGCUGCAUCAACUAGAACUUAUGUCUUGAGAAAGAAUGACGCAGCUCUUUUUCCUCGUCCUCCACCACCUGAAGAGGUUAAUCUGCCACCACCUCCUGAUCCGUCUGAUGAAGACGCUGUUGUGGCUUAUAAUACGCUUCUAAAUCGUAAUGGUCUGACCAGGCCUGACGUAGUCCCUAAGUCCCGCAAGUCUAGUGACUCAGCAGGCGCAAAAGGAGACAACCAGCAGCCAGAGAGGCCCUCUAAGAGAAUUAGGAAGGCAAGAGUAUCAUUCAGGGAUCAAGUUGGAGGAGAGCUGGUUGAAGUAGUUGGGAUUUCAGAUGGUGUGGACGUAGAAACUGAACCUGGUCCAGUAGGUGUAAAAGAAGGAAGUCUUGUCGGGAAAUAUGAAUCCCUUGUGCAGAUUACAGUAAUCCCCAAAGGGAAGGAACAAUUAUAUGUCAAGGAAGGCAAUUCUUCCCAGAAAGGCAUGACUGAAAAAUUACAGGAGGUCUUAAAUAGAGUCAAAACUGCUCCAAAGGGUGGGAUUUAUGAUGACCUUUAUGGAGAAUCUUUUUCUGGCAAAGUGGGUUCGCCAUGGGCAUAUCCUUCUUCUGUGGACUCAAGCAGUGGACGAGGCUCUCCAAGUAGAGAUACUGAUGGGAAGGCAUUAAGUGUAAACCAUGGAACUAACUCAAGUCACGUUGAUGAUGACGAAGAUGAUUUGUUUGGUGAUUGAUUUAAGCAAGCACUCAGUGGAUGGAUUUUUUGUUCUCUUUUGGGGUUUGAAAAUGUUUUGAAGAUGGAAAAGCUUUGGUGAAAAUUAUAUGGUCUUGCUUCCUUGUGAAUGGGAGUAUAGUUUUAGUUAAACAACAAAUUCUUAGCAUUGGCAUGGCCUGACUCAUAAUCUCCGAGUCAGUUAAUGUUAGUGGGGGAAUGGUUGAGAAUAUGUUUGUUGAUGCUAGGUAGGUCAUUUAUCCAAUCCCUGCUCUAUCUGACGUGAAGUGGUUUAUGCUUUUAUAUUAUUAUUAACCUGACAGGAAGUCUUUUGUGAGAUGCUGAUGUGGGUUGGCUGGUGGGGACGGGGGGGAGUCACGUAUUUUUGUAGUAAGAUGACUGUUGAUAUCUCCUCGCAAUGUAGCCCUGCUAACUCGGAAACUGGUUGAGGAUUGCUGCACAUUUUAAUGCAUUAGGCUGUAACACAGGAGGUGGAGUCGGCUUAUAAUUUGCAUGUAAACUCUGUUUUUUAAUUCACGAAUUGUGUAUUCUUAUAACUGAACUACCAAAGAAUCAUUUGCAAUAUGAUUAAUAGACCCGAAUUCAUUUUAGCUUUUCGCA